AUGAGAUAAAUUGCUUCAGUUUUAAUUCUUAUUUCUAUUGCUUUGUUUACAGUAAAUGCUUCUAAGUGUGAAGAUGACAUAUUGACUCAGUUAAAAUCAGGAACAGUUUGUUAGAAUACUGAUACUGCUUGCUAGACUGCAUUAAAUACUUUCCUUACAUGUGGAGUGAACUGUGCCUAAAACAAUAGUUCUGAUUCUGCUAUUGGCCUUUGUGUAAAGACCAGUUGCAGUAAUAUUACUAAUGAAACUGUUAAGGGUUUUUACAACAAAAUGCUUGCUUGUUUUGACAGCGUACUUUUCUUCUCAGCUCUCAUUGUUUUAUUAUCAUUGUUAUUCUGA